AACCUCCUUCAUCACAUUCGCUUCCAAUAAACUCUUCCCAUCAAAAUCAUCGCUCUCUCUAAAACAGUAACCAUGUCUUCUCGGUUGGUCGGUCCACCAGAGCUCCGAGACUCCAAGCCCCUCCUCCCAAAACCCAUCACAUCUUCUGGUUCAAGCAACCCAUUCCUAGACCUAAUGGUCGAAAACUUCAACAAGUCAAUCAAAGUGAACGAUCUCUCUUCUCCUACUCCUCAAAAGGGCCGGACCGAGAACGGAGCCGCCACGUACCUCUCCGCAGGCAACCCUUGCCUCGACUUCUUCUUCCACGUUGUUCCCAGCACGCCCAAGAAAUCUCUGGAGGAGCGGCUCCAACUGGCAUGGGACCAUGACCCCUUAACAACCCUAAAACUUAUCUGUAACCUACGCGGAGUCCGCGGGACAGGAAAGUCGGACAAGGAAGGGUUUUACACUGCGGCUCUAUGGCUCCAUGAUCUCCAUCCCAAAACCCUAGCUUGUAACCUAGAGUCUCUCUCCAAGUUUGGCUACUUUAAAGACUUUCCGGAGAUUCUUUACCGGGUUUUAAAAGGAUCCGAGAUCCGUAAGACCCAAAAGUCUGAAUGGAUGCAAAGGAACGGGAAAAGCUGUAGAGGAAGAGGAAGAAGAGUUCGUGGUUACAUCGGUAGUGAGAGAACUGGUCAAGGUGGCCGCAAGAAGAAGGCGGAAGCAACGAGAGAUCUGAGGGUAGCAACGGCAGAGAUGAAGAACCAAGCCGCUAAAGCAAUAGCGAGUAUAGACAGGAAGCUGGAGAAGAUCUCUAUGGGCAAAGCAGCGUUUACGAGAUACUCUCACGACGCCGAGUAUCGUUUCCUCCACGAACGCGUCUCGGAUCUAUUCUCGGACCACUUGAGGAGAGAUCUGGAGUUUCUAGCGUCCGGCGAGACGAACAAGAUCUCUCUAGCAGCUAAAUGGUGUCCGUCGCUAGACUCUUCCUUCGACAAAGCGACGCUUCUCUGCGAGAGCAUCGCUAGAAAGAUCUUCCCACGCGAGUCCUUCCCUGAGUACGGAGGCGUGGAGGAAGCGCACUACGCUUACAGAGUCCGUGACCGGCUAAGGAAGCACGUGCUUGUUCCUUUACGAAAGACUCUGCAGCUACCGGAGGUUUACAUGGGAGCUAGAGAGUGGGGGUCUCUUCCGUACAACCGCGUAGCAUCGGUGGCUAUGAAGUCGUACAAGGAGAUAUUCCUGAGCCGAGACGGAGAGAGGUUCAAGAAGUAUCUCGAAGACGCGGAAGCAGGGAAGACGAAGAUAGCAGCCGGAGCUGUUUUGCCGCACGAGAUAAUCGGCGACUUGGAGGGAGGAGACGGCGGACAAGUCGCUGAGCUGCAGUGGAAGCGAAUGGUUGAUGAUAUGAGGACGAAAGGCUCGCUGACGAACUGCAUCGCUAUCUCGGACGUCUCGGCGUCUAUGGAAGGUACUCCAAUGGAGGUUUCGGUAGCGCUGGGUCUUCUCGUGUCCGAGUUGUCGGAGGAGCCGUGGAAGGGAAAGCUGAUAACGUUCAGCGAGACUCCACAGCUGCAUUUGGUGAAGGGAGAGGACCUUAGAUCGAAGACACGGUUCGUGAGAGACAUGGACUGGGGAGCCAACACUGACUUUCAGAAAGUGUUUGAUCUGAUUUUGAAAGUGGCGGUUGAAGGGAAGGUGAAGCCCGAGGAGAUGAUCAAGAGGGUGUUUGUGUUCAGUGACAUGGAGUUUGACGAAGCCUCGUCCUCUUCCUCUUCUCGUCGUUAUGGCAGAAGAGAAACGAGUAGCUGGGAAACGAACUAUCAGGCGAUAGUGAGGAAGUACAAAGAGGAAGGUUACGGAGGAGUUGUGCCUGAGAUAGUGUUUUGGAAUCUUAGGGACUCGAAGUCGACGCCCGUGACGAGAAGCCAGAAAGGUGUGGGGUUGGUGAGUGGGUUUUCCAAGAACUUGAUCAAAAUGUUUUUGGAUAAUGAUGGAGAGAUUGAUCCCAUGAAGAUCAUGCACGCUGUUAUAUCUGGGCCAGAGUACAAGGAGCUUGUCGUCAUUGAUUGACAGUUUGAAGAUUUGUGUGUUCCUUUAGUUUUGUAUCCAGAAGGUUGUUCUUUUUUAUUAUAUGAUAUAUAUAAAACUGCGUUAAUGCUUUGUUCAUC